ACUGCAUCGCAGCAGAAGCUGGCUUUUAAAAAUGGCAGACGAAGAUGACAUCGACAAGGAUGGAGAUAAUAACGGGCAAAAACCGGAUAAAAUGUUUGUUCUCAAAAAGUGGAACGCCGUGGCUAUGUGGAGCUGGGAUGUAGAAUGUGAUACCUGCGCCAUAUGUCGCGUUCAAGUCAUGGAUGCCUGCUUGCGAUGUCAACACGAAAACAAGCAGGACGAUUGUGUAGUGGUGUGGGGUGAAUGUAACCACUCUUUCCACAAUUGCUGCAUGUCCCUGUGGGUCAAGAAGAACAACCGGUGCCCUCUGUGCCAGCAAGACUGGAUUGUGCAGCGCAUUGGAAAGUGAUUGUGCAUCGUCGCUUAUAGUCUUCAUGUGCGCGUGUACAGUUAUUUGUGUAUGAGUGUGUGCGUGUGAGUAAUACACAAGGCAUCCAAGUCACAAGCUGCGCUGCAACGACCAGUAAAUCUGAUACCACAAGGGAACUGCAGAAUGUGUUGCCAAGAAGAAAUGGGUUUCAGUGUGUGUUGAUGCCUUUACACAUCUUUUUGAAUGUCUAAAGUAAAAUAGAAUUGUCUUGAUGUCUACAACUGUUGUUAAAUUA